UGUUAUCCUUAUUUCCUGUAGAUGGCGCCAAAGUUUGCAACCUCAACUUUUAGAACACCGGAAGUAGGGAUUUGUUUGAAAUUCUGCGCAAGCGCAGUGAGCACUAAGUCGGCCGUUGCUAUUGUCACGUUAGAGAGACACAAGAGGCAGAUUAAUUGUUGUGUUGUUGUAGUCAGUCAUCAAGUAGAUUGUAUUUACGAUAACAGACUGCAGUUGAAAUGGCAAACCGAAAUCUUAAGCAUGUAAACAUUCAGAACAGUUCUCCAUCUCCGAAGCCUCAAAAUCCGCAUCGCAGCACGGAUUCUCCGGCCACGGAGCGCGCACAGAAGAUGGAGGGAGCGACGUCAUCGCCUAAAGUCACAAGCCCUCAGCCAGAAGCCGGAGGGAGCAACGAGCUUCGCGAAGUGACUUUGGACCUGAAGAGCUUCAGGAGACCCGGAGAGAAAACAUUUACACAGCGGUGCAGGCUUUUUGUCGGCAAUCUUCCUACUGAUAUCACGGAGGAAGACUUCAGAAAGCUGUUCGCCAAAUAUGGCGAGGCUAAUGAAGUCUUCAUCAACCGAGACCGAGGCUUCGGGUUCAUUCGACUGGAAACAAGGACACUUGCAGAGAUUGCCAAAGCAGAGUUGGAUGGAACAGUGCUGAGGAACAGGCCAAUUCGCAUCCGGUUUGCGACACAUGGAGCUGCUCUGACAGUUCGAAACCUUUCACCAGUUGUUACCAAUGAGCUCCUGGAGCAGGCAUUUUCACAGUUUGGGCCAGUGGAGAGGGCAGUAGUGGUGGUAGAUGAUCGUGGCAGACCCACAGGUAAAGGCAUUGUGGAGUUUGCCAAUAAGCCUGCUGCACGAAAGGCUCUUGACCGUUGUGCUGAUGGAGCCCUUUUACUUACUACGUCUCCACGGCCAGUUCUUGUUGAACCAACAGAGCAGUUUGAUGAUGAAGAUGGCCUUUCAGAAAAGUUAUUGCAAAAGACAGCACAAUAUCACAAGGAAAGGGAGCAGCCUCCACGCUUUGCCCAGCCUGGCACCUUUGAGUUUGAGUAUUCAUCACGUUGGAAGGCACUUGAUGAGAUGGAGAAACAGCAGAGGGAGCAGGUGAACAGGAAUAUCCAAGAAGCCAAGGAGAAACUGGAGGCUGAGAUGGAGACAGCAAAACAUGAGCACCAGCUCAUGAUGAUGAGACAAGAUCUCAUGCGUCGUCAAGAAGAGUUGCGCCGGCUAGAGGAACUGAGAAACCAGGAGCUACAGAAGCGCAAACAGAUGGAGAUGAGACAUGAGGAAGAGAGGCGGAGACGUGAGGAAGAAAUGAUGCGCCACAGAGAACAGGAUGAUAUGAGACGUCAGGCUGAUGCUUUUAAACCUGGCUUUAUGGAUAGCAGAGAACAGGAUAUGAGAAUGAGUGAAAUGGGUGCCCGUGGAGCCAUUAAUAUGGGAGAUUCUUUUAAUCCUGCCGCUGCUGUUAGCGGUAACCAGGGCCCUGCUCAAAUGAUGGGCAUGGGCAUGUCAGGCCGGGGUGGAGCCAUGGGGCCGGAGGGAUCAUCAAAUAUGGGGGCACCCAUCAUUCCAGAUAACGGAAAUAUGCGUAAUGAAAGAUUUUCUCAGGGAGCGCCUGCUCAGAUGGGUUCUUCCUUGGGUAUUCGACCAGGUGUUGAUUCCCCUCAGCAACAACAGUCCCCUGUAAUUGGUGGUGCAGGACCUGUGCCUCCUAUGGGUGGUCCAGGUGGAUUUGGGCGAGGAAAUCCUGUUGGGGGAAACUUUGAUGGGCCCAACAACAAGCGCCGUAGAUACUAGACUUUUAUUUUUCUUACGCGAUCGUGAAUUCUGGUCUUUGAUCCAGAACAUCUAAACUCUUGUUUGUGGAUAUUAUUCAUUUUCAUGUCCUUUUUUUUGUGGUGAUGCUCUCAGGCAACUAUUAGUGUUGACACCCCCCCCCCCUCCCCCCCAAGUAGAGAGGCCUAGCUAGCAUUGAACCAAAUUUAAUCAUUAAAUGAAAACAUAGUUCUGUUUUUAGACGGACAUUGCCUUAACUGUGCGUAUGCUGUAGGGAAGUCAGGCUCUUGUCAGAUGGAGCUUCUUAAGCUGCUUCUGCUUUGUCCUUUUCCUACACUUUGCUGGGAGAAAUUUAAUAAAUCUGUGUAGUGACAUCUGUGCUGAGCUACUAUAUAGGUCCUUUUUUUUCCUUCCUGUUCUCUUUCUCCUGAUGAUGGGACUUUAGAUACACGUCUGUGCAGUUCAUUUUUUCCUACACAGAAUCAUCUAUUUGACAAGACAUGUUAGAACAAAAUGAGUAGAAUUAGACCAAUAUCCUAUUUUUUUUGUUUGUUUUGUUUUGUUUCCAGGCUUAUGUAUUUGCAGUGUGACUUUUAAGAUCUGUAUUAAGCAGAAACCAAGAAAUGGAAUAAAGUAAAUAUGGUUGUAUGAGAAGGAGUUUGCAAAAAGCUCAUUUCACUUAACGUUAUUUUUCUGUGGAAACAAAACAAAAAUGCCAAUACGCUAACAGUGUCUUGUAUACAGCAUGCUUUAAAGAGAAACACAUGCCCUUUUCCAACCACGAAGUUCUAAGAAUUUGUUGCAUAUAACAUGUUAUCAGUCCCAUGUUAUUAGAUAAAUGUUUUAGUAUAGCUUUUUGGCAAGCGCAUGUUGCUUGGGCCAUCCUAUUUGUACAUCUGAGUUAGUGAUUUUUUUUUUUAACUACUUCUAGUACAUGAUGGUGAUACUAGUGUAUGUCAUGUAAAAUGUGCAUGCCUUUUAGCAGUCGUUUUUGUUUUAGUGAAUAUUAAUAUGGCAGGUUGUUUUUCUUUUCCUGAAAUGGCAGUUCUUGAAUAAACAUACUUAAAAAGUUA